AGGGACAACGUAAAGCGAUAUCGACGCCAGGGAUAAAGCAAUAAAAUCCAGUGAUUGCAUUCACGGUGAUUUAAAGUUCUCCGAUUGUUUGUCAGAUGUCACAGUGCUGUUAGUUGCCUCAAUAUUUUAAGUAUAUAACUCUCAAGAUGCUGACAACAAAACCCGCAACCUCUAUCGGUGCAGAAGCGUGGAGAAAUUCAACUUUAAAAAGUUUGAAAUUGUCCCAGUCAAUCGUUCAAAAAAGCGACAAAAGUAAUGACAUCGGACGGGCUCUUGACCCGCUACCUCAUUUGCGGGAUACAGUCGCUCAGUUGAGCAACGAAGAAAUCCGUCGGUAUUCCCGAGAUGUCAGAGUUGUGGUUUCUCAAUUGCGGGAAAGUUUGUUGGAGGCAAAUGAAGAAAUAAAAUCCCUCACUCGUGGUAAGGAAGCCUUGGAAAAAGCUCUGGAACACACAAGAAAAGAUAUUCAACUCAACAAAAACAGUCAAGAAAUUCGAUUAUCACGACCAAGCAGAGAAAGGCCAUGGUCUGCCAUAAGUGUAUGCUUAUAUUAUAGAUUGGAGCGGGAUGGAGCCGAUGAUUUGUUAAAUGCUGAACGAGCUCAUUUAUUGAACUGUAAAAAAGCUCUGGAAGCUCAACUAAAACUGGUACAACAGCAGUUACAGACUUUAGAUCAAGCGAGGAAACGGUUGUUUGCUACAUUACAGGAAAGAUCACGUGUACUAGAUCUACUAUGUCUCGCUAACUCAUCAAUAACUAACACAGCCAAUCAGGAACAACUUAAACUAAAACGAAGCAGAAGUAUGAUUGAAGGACGCAUGUCUCGAUUUGACGGAAGUCAUCUUGGAGCGUGUCAAGCUGAUCCCCUUGGUCCAUAUACGCCUGAAGCAGAUUCUGCUCUUGCUGAUGCUAGUGAGGCUCGAUCUAGAUCACUUUAUCUUCGUAGAGAAUUGAAAGACGCCAUAGACCGAUCUGAGAAACUACAGAAAGCCGCCCAUAAAUCUGUUAAUGAUGGUAUGACACAGAAAAUUGCUGAAACUGUUACUCUUAAGCAUCAUCUAGGAGUUGGUUUAGGAGAGAAUCGUCAUGGUAUUCAUCGAGCCCAGAGAUGGUACGAUGCUACAGAUAAAGCCAGAGGAAACUCGGUGGGUCCAGUCAUGUCGGCUGAUUUAACUACAAGAGAAAGACUGGAUCGACCUUUAGUCAGGGUUUUCCAGAGACAUCCUGGUACUCAAUUACCUGAAGCACAAGAAAUCAUUCGGGGUGGCGAUUCUCUGCUUCAUUCACUAACGGCAACUAGUAGAAAUAUCGGGUUAAUGAAGUUAGCGAAUAUCAAAUUACGUGAUGAUUUGAAGAGUAAAAGUAUGUCGGUAGAUGUCGAUAGUCAGAUAAUGAGGAUGAGACGAAGAAAAUCUGACCAUCGUUGGUCUCUAGGAGCUGCAUUUUAAAAAAUAUAUUGUUUUUAGUUAUUUCAGUUAAGAAGUGUUCAUCAGUAUUAUCAAAUUAAGUUUGUAUUUAGUGUUAAAAUAUUUAUAUUAAUAAAUUUAUUUAUGACCAACUGUUUGAAAGGGUUUGAAGAGAUUAACCAGUGUUAAAAUACUGACAUCACCCUUUGAUGUUGGCGUACCAUUAUUUCAAAUAAUGGUAUGGCAAUGUGUCAAGUGUACUAGUUGAAAUUUUAGACGCGUGCGACGUAUUUCAUUGCAAAGCACCUACACGUGUCUGUAUUUUAAAUUGUUUAAUGGUCUCAAGCUUAAGAGUAAGACAUUGCGUAAUAUAUUGAAACAACAGCUUGGGACUACUUAAUGUGUUGCUCUCGACCGUUAAAUCACACUUAAUUUAAUUUAUCAGAUAAUGCUAGUUGUGCAUGUACAUAACUUAAAGCUUUCAGAGGGAGACAAUUUAUUAACUACUUUGAUUUGUUUCAAGUGCACUGAGAUUUUCGGUCAUUUGAUCUUAAAUAUUGAUUUUAAGUGCUCCCAUUCUCCACCCUUUCAAUAGAGAUGUUCACACUCUUCAAAUGCCUUAUCAACAGAGCUGGUUAUAAAUUAUUUAAGAUCAAUCAGUAUUGUUUGUGUUUUGUUUUAAGAUUAAAAAUCUUCAACAUUUUGUCAUUGAACCUAUUGAAAUCAGUAUUAUUCCAAUAUCAACUCAAUUUCAUAUUGGCCUAUUGAUUGUAUAUAUUAUAAAGGCUUCCAAUAUGUCGAAUUAUUCAAUCAAAAUAUUCUAAUUUCAUAUACAAGUAUAAUUCAGGUAAAUCACAAUAUUUUAAUGAAAUUGUACUUAAUAUGCAAGGUUUUUCAAUCAAAAGCUUCUCUUUCAAACCGCCAAUAAUCAAACAAAACUUUGUUACCUUUUUAUAUUUCAAAGUUAUAUUUUCAGCAUUUAACUGUGUUUUCCAAUAGUAUUAAUAUGUAAUAUAGAUAUUGACAUUUUUAAUUGGCUUCCUUAUGUUGAAGGUUGAACCUUUAAGAACAGACCACUUCAGAAUCUUAAGGGUCUGUAUUUCAAGGUCAAUAUUUAAUCCUUCUUAAACAUAUAUUAUGCAACAGCUAAAUCGACCUAUUGCAGGUCUUUAGGCUUGAAAUGUUAUCUAAAUUAAUAAUUAGCAUUAAUUAAAUUAUGCAGACCGUAAUCAACUCACGAUGUCAAUGCUAGCCUGUGAUAUUUACUGGAUUAGGAUCCGAUUUGCUGCUCAACUUUCAUUCAUGAUUAAAUCAUGAAAUGGAUAAUCGAGACUGUUUUUUAUCGUACCGACUUUAGUAAUGAUGAUCCAGGCUAGGCCGAAAAUUCAAUCGCUAAAUUCUCGGUUCAAAGUGGAUCAAUUUGAAUGAAAUUUUCAGCAAAUUCUCUUUACAUUACCUAGUUUUUAACCAUUAUAGUGAAAACUGCCAGCUCUUUAUCUAAUCUCCCAUAAUGUAUCUUUAAUGAUGAAAUGUAAUAUUUAUAUUUUGUACUAAAUUUUGCUUCUAGUUUGUUUUGUUAAAUUACAUCAGUUAUUUUUAUGUGUUGUUUAGGAUUUCAUGUAUCUAAAUAUUUAAUAGUAAGGGUUUUCCCGGCUUUACACAAACAGCCCUAAAAUUAAAGAAAUAAGUCCCUUACAUGAUGGGGUUGGGUGGGGGUGUAGCUCCUGCCUCGAGUCCUUAGUGGAAUAUUAUCUCCCCUUAACACCACAAAUUGUCCGUCUGCUGAGCAACAGUUUUAUCUGUGUGAGUGGUAGUAGUGAUCUUACUAUCAUUUCUCAGAUCAUUUUGAACAAGACAAAGAGUAGAGUCGUGUGCCUAACCUCAUGGGUUUUUCUCAAGGUCCCCAGCUUUCCUUUGACUGAUAAAGUUACAAAUGCACACGAGAAUUAUUGAGAUUUAUAUAUGUUGAAUAACCUAGUUUGUGUCAAGUGGACUUAAAGCCCACUUGCUCGAAAUGUCUUUUUAUAAUAUUUAUACACUGGACAUUGUGAUUAGUUUGGUAGCAUUUUGAUGAUUUGUUGUGUUUGUUUUUGACUAUAUAUAUAUAUAUAUAUCAGUGAUGUAAAAAUUUCUUAAACCAGUUCUUAAUUGUAUUUAACAUUAAAAGAUUUUUUUUAAAACAUUAAUAAUAUUUAUAAAUUAAAUUAGAAAUCUUUAUAAACGAAAUGAAAAGCUGUUUAAUGUCCUUCUGUUCUGCUCCGACUGGGCUAUUGAAGACGGGAAUAACGCCAUACAGUGUGCAAUGAGGGAAAUUUUGCCCAUACCGGCGUUAUAUCCUACUGUUAUAUCAAAGUCCAACUGCCAUGGGAUCUUUUACGUGCACGUCAAUGUGUACACAGGACCGCGGGGAAAGUACGUCGGAAAAUCCCAUUGAACUUUCUCAUCCAACACCAUGAGCAAAACAUCUUUAUAAGAUUUAGGAUAAUAUUAAACAUGUUUCACUAAUAAUCUACACCCACACAUAUUUUUAUCAAUUGUUUGUACCAUUAUUAUUGUACAUAAGGUAUAUUUAAUUUAAAGCAACAGUUUAUGGAAUUUGGUAUAUUUGUUGAUAAAGGUGUCUUUUUAGUAUAAAAAUCAACUCUUAAAAUCAAAAGAAAUAGUCCAAUGGCCUUGUAUGAAAAUUUCAGCUCAAAACUUAGCCACCAUAACUUCCAAAUGUACAGUUAUGGUUAUCCAGGUACUUGGGUAUAGCAUCUUGCAAAUUAAUAACUAACCUCAGUUUGUAUUUCUUCGAAAAAAGAUCAGUUUCAUAUUAAAAAGUAGUCUAAUCAAAGAUUAUUCAUUUGGAUCAAGUUUUCAAUUUAAUCAAGUUUUUUAUUUUGAUGUUUCAUGAGGAAGAAUUUAAUAUCCCUCUCAGAUUGUUUUAUCAGUUUGAGAGUCCGGUUGAAUGUUUUAGAAUAAAUUUUAUUCUCUAAUUUAUCUGUACAUACUGUAAAUAAAUACACUGUAAAUAAAUACACUGUACAUUUAAAUUGUUGUAAUUACGAUUAAUUUAUUAUCAAUGUGUGCUGUGAUAGGUAUUGUUUUCUGCUGAUUAAGUGGAUUUAUCUGCCAAGAUUUAUAUUUUGUAUUGGUUUUUUUAUUUUUUAUUUUUUUUUUUACAGUAGUUGAAUUACAUUUACAAGCCAUUUAACUGUCUGGCCCCCCGAGUUCACAAAGCAUUCUCAGACUUAAGUUAAGAAUUUACUCAAAAUUGUUCCCCUUAUUUUAUCCAAAAUAUAGCCCAUUAUAGAACUUUUGUUGUUUUAAUGUAUCAAUGAGAUACUAUGUCAGUAUGUGAAAAGUUUUGUGUUUCUGGAUCAAAGAUGUUUCUCAUAAACAGUGAUUGAAAGUUGAGUAAAUUCUUAACUUAAGUCUGAGAAUGCUUUGUGAACUCUGAUCUAGUUUGUUUGUAAAGGUACAAGUUUAUUGAAAAGAUUAAAUAGUCAAUUCAGUUGUCUUCCUUUAUUACAGUAAUUGAUCAUUUUAAUUAAUUUCAAUGCAUUUUAAAUUUUUAGCCAGUUUUUAUACAAAUUGUAGUUAAUUGGCAUUGCAUUCAACGUCUAGGAAACGUCUAGCAAUAAUUGUUUACUCUUUUUCAUUAUUAAUUUCAAACCAAAGAAACCAUACUUAUAUAAGUUUUUGCUGAAGUUUUUUUAAUGUAAUUUGUAUACUAUAGUUCUUAAUAUUCAAGUUCUGCUAAAUAUUAUAAAUGUUAGAAUCAUGGUUGUUUUUAAGCGAUUUCCUGAAAUACAAACCUUCCUUCAUCCAAUUAUUAUUUUAAUUAUUUUGCAUUGGGUAUCUUCAUAGAAACAGUGUCAGUUUAAUGGAGUCCUUGGGCUGCCCAAAGAACGCAUUGCUGAAAUUUUAGCAUUGAUAUAAAGAUUGUGUAUGAAUUUUGUGGCAGAAGGCCAAGGCCUCCCUAGAUAAUGAGGCCCUGCAUUGGCUGCAGCUGACAUGUAAAUCCAGUACUUCUGCAUAGAAACCUCCCCGUUAUUCAGCGUGAUGAAUCCUAUCACAUUUAUAGUGUUAUCUAUCAUUGCUGGUUUUAUUCUUUUUAUUCAAAACAUUGUCUCAUUUAUUCCAGCUUUUUGGCUAAAUAUAUAAAAAUAUUAAUGAUGCAAUACAAGUAAAACUCAACACUUGUUACAUAUAAUUAUUGUAAUCCACUUUCCAUGCAUAAUUUUAUAGUCUAUUUGAAAGUUGUAAAUUAUUUUGUGUGAAAAAAACAAAAGCUUCCAAUAAAAA